AUGACACCACUUUUGAUUGUCAAAGCUAUCUGCAGUAGUGAGUUUUCUCCUCUGUUCGUCUCUUCUGACGCAAGCUCUUGGCACCAUGGAGAAAGCUCCCACGUAAACGUGCUUGUUGCGCGCAAUCCGCGAUCCGACCGCACAGCCCAUUCUGCCCAGGCCUCCCGCCAGUGGAUCCCGCAGCUCCUCGACUCGCCUCCGCCGGCUCCUGAGUGGUCCAACGGGUGGGACGUCCUCGCUCGCCGUCCGCGAAUCACGCCCUUCGUCGCUGAGGGCUCAGAGGUUCGACAGGGCCCCCGCUGCGCGACGCAAAAGGGCAAGCCUUCUCUAUGGAACAGGCGACAGAAUGGCCGGCUCAGCUGGGGGUGGGCUUCCAUCCAGGCUGGGGCUGGCGCCGAUGCCGCCGCGACGGAAGCCCGUCCGCCGUCCGCUGUCCGCUGUCCGCUGUCCGCUGUCGUUGGGAGAUGCGCCGUCGCGUCUCGGCCGUCGGCAAACGCAGAUGAAGCAUUGGCCGGGUCCAGGCCCCCGACGGAUCUGAUGCACCGCGUGCUUCAUGUGGACCGUUGGUGA